AUGGAAAUGGCAGCCACUAAAGACAGAAGAUAUGGAACUAUUAUUGGAGGGAAAUAUAAACUAUUAAAAAUGCUUGGUUCUGGCUCCUUUGGAGAGGUUUAUUGUGCUAUUGACAUCACUAAUGACAAUGAAGUGGCAGUGAAAUUAGAAUCUAAGAGAACCAAGUACCCCCAGUUGUUAAACGAAAGUAAUCUCUACCGGCUUCUCCAGGGGGGCACUGGUUUUCCUCGUCUGUUGUGGUAUGGCGAGGAAAAACAUCAGAAUGCAUUGGCCAUGGACCUUCUUGGACCCAGCUUAGAAGAUUUCUUCAAUAUCUGCUCAAGAAAGUUCUCUAUGAAAACGAUACUUAUGUUAGCUGAUCAGAUGAUAAGUAGACUUGAAUAUCUGCAUAGUAAGGAUUUCAUACACAGAGACAUUAAGCCAGAAAACUUCCUAAUGGGUCCUAGCUGCUACCUCUCUAAUUUUUGUAACCGAUUAUAUCUUGUGGAUUUGGGUUUGGCAAAGAAGUACAGAGAAAAAUCAAAACAACAUAUACCUUGUAGAGAAGUUCAAUAUCUAGUUGGUACUGCCCUAUAUGCUAGCAUUAAUACUCACUGUGGUACUGAACAAAGUCGCCGAGAUGACUUGGAGGCAUUAGGAUAUGUUUUGAUAUAUUUUAAUGGAAGCAUUCUGCCAUGGCAAGGAUUAGUGGCUGCCUCAAUGAAACAAAAGUGGGAUCGUAUUAAAGAAAAGAAGAUUGAAAUUCCCAUUGAAGAUUUGUGUAAAGACAUUCCUAAAGAAUUUGCCAUAUACUUAAACUAUUGUCGUGAGUUGGGUUUUGAAGAAACCCCAGAUUACGAGUAUCUUAGACAACUAUUCCAGAGUCUUUUCCAAAACUUGAAUUAUAAAUAUGACUACAUUUAUGACUGGACUUCAAUGCCAAUGUGUAAUGUGCAGGAAAACCAACCUCUCGCUGGGAAUUAA